AUGGACAAGCCAAUCGAAACCUUACUCAAUCUAGAUGAGAUUGAAGAUGCCGCCACUAAGACAGUGAGCAAAAAGGCAUGGGCCUAUUAUUAUUCGGCAUGCGAUGACAAGAUCAGCAAGCACAGAAAUACCGAGGUCUACCGCUCCAUCCAAUUGAGACCAAAAGUCUUUGUCGACUGCACCGAAUGCGAUCUCAACACAAAAUUGUUAGACAACAAGGUGUCUAUUCCAAUUUAUGUUUCUCCGGCAGCUAUGGCCCGACUAGGGCACCCUUCGGGUGAAGCGGGAAUCGCCGAGGCAUGUCGCAGCUUCGGUGCUAUGCAGAUCAUCUCCAACAGUGCUUCGAUGACACCGGAGCAAAUUGUCGCGGGUGCUGCCCCAGGCCAAGUAUUUGGCUGGCAACUAUAUGUGCAGAACGAUCGCACCAAGAGCGAAAGCAUGCUGGCUCGUAUCAAUAAAUUGAAGGCAAUCAAGUUUAUCACUCUGACGCUGGAUUCCCCCGUGACCGGAAAAAGAGAAGACGAUGAACGCAGCGGCAAUGUCAUUACUUCUGAGGCUCCCUAUCAGAGUGAGAAAGACGCCGAGGGACCAGUCGUCCAGGCUAGAGACCCAGUCUUCAAGGGCAUGGAUCCUUCUCUGACAUGGACAGAGACCCUCGGGUGGUUGGCCAAGCACACCGAUCUUCCGGUUGUUCUCAAGGGCAUUCAAACCCACGAAGAUGCGUAUAUUGCUAGCCUAUAUGCACCUCAAGUCAAGGGUAUCAUCCUCUCAAACCAUGGUGGUCGGUCUCUUGACACUGCUCCUCCUGCUGUCCACACCCUGCUCGAAAUUCGGAAAUACUGCCCCGAGGUCUUUGACAAGAUCGAGGUUUGGGUUGAUGGCGGCAUCAAGCGGGGAACUGAUGUGGUCAAGGCCCUUUGUUUGGGCGCACGAGGCGUUGGAAUAGGAAGAGCUGCGCUCUGGGGAUUGGGUGCUGCUGGAGUGGACGGCGUAAAGAGAACAUUGCAAAUAUUGACUGACGAGACCAAAACAUGUAUGCGACUUCUCGGGGCGAAGAAUAUCGAUGAGCUCGGACCAGACCUCAUAAAUACUCGACAGGUAGAGAAAGAGAUCUAUGAUGGACCGUCCGGUCUUGAAGACUGUCGUGCAAAGUUCCGGUCAAAACUGUAG